UUUUAAAAAAAGAUAGCCAAUUCGCUCAUAAACAUUAGCUGAACCUUUUGCCCUUUUCCGACUCGGAUUCAUUGCUAACACAAAUAAUGGUUACAACAGAAGAUAUAAUUGAAGAGAAGGAAGAAAAAAAGGCUCCAGUCUUCAAAAAUCCUGAAUUCCAGCACACCGCAUUCCGUAGCAGCAAAAAAAGAGGAUGGAAGAACUUGAAACAGAUUAUAGCUCUGGAAAGGGGCUACACCUGGCCUCAUGAUGCUGUUCACUAUAGCAGCAUUGAUGCCCCUCCAGCCUUUACACCAGCCAAAAAAUAUUCAGAUGUUUCUGGAUUACCCGCCAACUACACUGACCCUCUAACAAAACUGAGAUAUGCAGAUUCUUCUGAAUUUUAUAGGGUCCGUGAUCUUCCCAUGGACAUUGUCAAUGGUCUAUUAGAGCUGAGAAAAGCUAAUAGUAUAGUUGGAUGAUUGAUGCUCAUUGUAUACAUGUGUAUCUGGUCAAAAUUAUUUAUAGUUUAUGUAUAUUUUUUAUUUUGUCAAUUUUAUAUAACAUGAAAAUAAAUAUCAUGUAUUCUUUCACUUACAUCAAAUAAACUAGAAUUGAAACUA